CUUGUCAACAAGAUGGCCUUCCUCCUCUCGCAGCUCUGACUCUCACCACUCCGGUUUCCCCGAGAAACACACCGUGAACGCUCGCGUCGCCUCCGAGCAGACAGCGGAGGGGCGAGCAGCCGGGAGUCCUGGCAACAGCCGCCGUGGUCGGGGGGCUGACAGGCGGCGCAGCGGCGCUGCUGGCCGGGCCGGGCCAGCGUGUGCUGGGGCUGGGCUAGCGGCUAGCCCGCUACGUGGACCUGCGGUCCGCCGAGGACCUGCUGCUACCACCACCGGGACACCACCGGGACACCCGCACACCGCCGGGACACCGCAGGGGUCGUGCGGGGCCGAGCUGGUCCUCUCCAGACCUGCUGGUCCCGCAGCGCGGCGGGGAGCUCACCUUUACUCAGUGUUUGCAGGUUGUAUGCCCGGCAUUGGUGUUGGUCUUGCUGCUGGUGCCCAUCGGGUUGCCACUGGAGCAGGGGUCCUAUAAUGAGAGCUCUACGUGUCUGCUGACCAGCAUAGAUGCAGAUAUGCCUCGGUGGUCUGCAUCCUGAUGGACCGAGACACCUUCUCCCACAUCCGCCUCUGGUGCCCGCGCCCCUUUGGCACCUACUCCCAGAACAAAGCUAGGAGCCCAGGAUCGGGGGGCAGUGGUGGGGUUGCCAGCGGGGCAGGGUCCCCCUCGCUCUGCAAGGCCGAGCUCUCGCAAGGGCCCAGAAGGACAGCAGACGAUAGUGACGAUGUAGGGAUGAUAGUUGGAGCUCAAGAGGGAAUUGAAGAAGAUGAGGAUGUGGGCUCCGAGAACACGCCGCCUGAACCUGAGCUUGAGUCCAGCUCCUUGUCACCGAGCCAGACUCCUCAGCCCCCUUCCGGCCCUCCUUCCCCACCCUCUUCGGGGCCCCAGAUGGAGGACGGACGUGUACUGCUAGACACCUGGUAUGUUAUAAAGCCAGGCAACACAAAGGAAAAGAUUGCCUUCUUCGUUGCACACCAGUUUAGCGGAGCAGGCCAACCCAGACCGAGCGCCAUGAAGGUUAAAGGUAACUGGGCAACUGACUGCAGCAAGGCCAAAAGACGACGAAGAUGCUCGUCCUACGACCCCCCAACACGCUCUCAGGCUGUCAGUCAUGAGUCGUCUCUUGCACCUCCGAGCCACGACGAGGCACAACUAGGAAAUGUGAAUGAAACAGACCUGCUUUCUGUGGCAGAGAUGGUUGCCUUGGUUGAGCAGAGGACCGCCAUGGCCCUUCAAGGGAUCGUAGCUGUUCAUGGAAACCAGCUUGAGGAGCAGCCAUUUCCUAUCACCACUCACAGUCAGGGCCUUACCAGCAACCAGCACACUCUACUCCGGGAAACGGUGUCGGAUCCCUCUCCUAUGGUGUUUAUGUCAAAUGGUUCCAGUGGUCAGCCCUCCAGAGAAGUCCAGAAGCCGUCGUCUCCCAUUCAGACGGACCAGGAGCUAGAGGAGCAGGAAGAGUCGUGCAGGGUGGCACAGGCCAUUGCACACUUUGAGUCCCAGAGCCUUGAAAAUCGGCUCCAUCUCGGCCCCAGUUCUGGAGUACAUUCUUCUGAUGGGGACAAAGAGAGGGACCAUAGGAGAGGAGACGAGUCUGGCACUGUCACUCCACCGCCGCCACCCAACCACAGCCACGGGGAGGUCAGGAUAGCCUUCAGAGUAUCAAACUCCCGCUCUCUGCUGGAACCAGCCGGCCGGUCUCGUUGUAUGUUCAUGAGCUGUGGUGGAGGGAGUAAUCAAGCAGCAGCCAGGGCCAAAGAGAAAAUUACUUGUGAUCUAUACCAGCUGGUCAGUCCCUCGUCCAGAGACCCCGGCUGUCUGCUGCUCGCUGCCACAACUGCUGCCGGCCCCAAACCAGAGGGAGACCCGCAUCAUCCAGAACGGCCGGCGUGCAACAGCCCCGACCCAAAGCAGGAGCUCUGCUCCGGGGAGAAGAAGAGCUCCAACGUGUGCCGAGAGCGAGUCACUGGCUUCCACGUGGAGGUGGUGGUAACGGGCGCGGUGGACCAAUGCGUUUUUUACGGCAAGGACAGCACGGAGAAUGUGCAGGAGGAGACGGUGUGUUUUGCUUUGCCUAGUGGUGGCGUCUCUGGAGGGGGUGUUGGAAACUCCAGCGAACCUUCGUCAGACGACCCCCCUCCUGGACAACUCUUCUUCCUUCAGCCCCCUCGGGGACCAGAGGAAGAUGCGAAAGCAAAAUCCACUGGCGGCGGGCCAGGAAUGUGCUCUUUGGACUGUGCCAACAACAACAGUCCCGGGUCGGGGUUGACGGUGGGUUCGGGGGAGCGGACGGCGCGACCAGAUUCUCCCGGUGUGGGGGAGGACUGUUCGGAUCCCUCGCUGUGUCGCCUCUACCGCCACGUGUCCCAUGACUUCCUCGAGAUCCGCUUCCAGAUCCAGCGGCUCCUGGAGCCGCGGCAGUAUAUGCUGCUGCUCCCCGACCACAUCAUGGUCAACAUCUUCAGCUACCUGCCCACGCGCUCCCUGGCCGCCCUCAAGUGCACCUGUCACUACUUUAAGGCGCUGAUCGAGACGUACGGGGUGCGUGCCGUGGAUUCACGCUGGAACCAAGACCCUCUGUACAGGGACGACCCCUGCAAGCAGUGUAAGCGACAGUACGAGCGGGGGGACGUUUCUCUAUGUCGCUGGCACCCCAAACCUUACCACCACGACCUGCCUUACGGACGCUCCUACUGGAUGUGCUGCCGGCGCACGGACAAGGACACGCCCGGCUGCCGCGUCGGCCUCCACGACAACAACUGGGUGCAGCAGCCGGCCGACGGCUCCACGCCCGUCCGCACCAAGAGGGAGGACAGGAGGGAGGAGGCCAGGUAGAGGGGCGCGAGCCGCCUCGCACACACCAACUUUCAUCUCAUUCUGCACCUCCUCCUUUCUCUCCCAGCUCUGGGAAACGGAGACGAGUACGAGGAGGAGCGACACUCCAGGACUGCUCCAGUGUUUUUGUUUGUUUUGUUUUUGCUUCCACCCUUCUUUUUCAAACUGGCCCUCAAAAGAGAGGGCAGCUGAGAAGUAAAGAUGGAAGAGAGGUGUGUUACACCCCCCCAGCCCUCCAGAUCCCUCUCUCCCCGACUGCUCCAGAGUGGCUGCUUUUAAGUUUGCAUACCAGGGUUGGGGUCCUCUCCUGCUGCUGUCAUUCAGUCCUUUAUCUGCCUCUUAGGUGUGUGUGUGUGUGUGUGUGUGUGUGUGUGUGCAUGAGUGUGUGUGUGUGUGCGUGUGUUUUCUUUUUUGUCUAAUUACACAUGGAUGUUACAGUAGGUGAUUCACGUGAAAAUGUUGCAGUGUAUUUUACUGAGAUUAGCAUUCAGAAAGUGACGCAUAGAAAUGUAACGCCCUAGAGCCUGCUGACUACUCCCAACACUUACUGUGUCCUAUGUCGUAUCACAAACAUCCAUGUUAGCUGUAUUGUGGUGCUUCAGGAACGAGCUGUAUUGAGUCCAACAGAUUAAAAACCUUUCAGUGGUGGAAUGUUCAGCAUUACCAUAGAAAUGUGAUUGUAUAAAGCAACCCCCCCCCCUCCCCUCCCCUCUGAUGUAAAAGAUGCCAUUUGUACCUGUCCUGCACCAUCUGUUUCUAUUUUUCUGAAUGUGCUGUAAUGUUGUACUGUGUUGAUCAGUCCCCUGAUGAUGCUGCUGCUGAAGUUACUGCUUGUGUCUCUCGUGUUAAACCUGAACAGCCAUACCAUUGGUUCAUGACAGACGCAGCCUCCGCAUAUACAGGUUUAGUCUGUAAUCUUCAGAGUGGACCCUAACCUUGCUGAUCAGCCAUAAACAGGAGCCACUGAGUGCUUUCUGGUUUACAGAGAAUUAUGGGAGAUGGACUUGAAUGGGAUUUAAAAAGAGAAACUUGAUGUCACUUUGGAAAGGCCUGAUGUCACUUUGUAUGGUUUGAUUGAUUUGCUUGUUUGCCUUUUUUUUUUUUUUUUUUGACUGUUUUUGAGUUGUGUGUCAGAAUGUUUGCCGUUAUUUGCUUUUACUCUUGAGGACUGUGUUCUCCUUGUAUCAGUCUGUCACCCUACUCAACCUGCAGAGAUGUCUUUUUCUUUUUGAAUACUCCAUCUUUGUGGUUUGUUUUUUGGUUUUUUUUUACCUGAGCUCUCUUCCUUCCCUCUAUCCCUCCGUCCUAUGAUUCGGCCGAGAGCAGUGUUUGCCAAACUUGUCAUUCAUGCUUUGAAGCGAGUGAAACAUCUACCACAGACAGCAGAAACUCUCUUUACACCAGCUUCCAGCCUUAAAAGCCCCCUACCUCUUACCCACCCUCCAGGAGACUGAGGUGUCAGAUACCUCGCAGAUGAUGAGUAUUGGGAGUUGCACAGGACCCUGUAAGUGGUUAGGUUUCAUAUGCUUGACACUCCAUUCGGCACUACUGGAUCCACCCAAGACUCUUACUGUGGGAGCGUAACAUUAACAGUGCCUGAUGACGGCUCUGACUCUUCCUUCUUAAGGAGGGGGGGGAAAAAAACAAACGGUCUCUCCUUCCCCCUCGUCCCUUCCUUUUACACUCCCAGACCCCUGCAAACUGACAGACUGGACAUUUGAGAACUGAUGUGAUGACUGAUACUGAAACUCUGCAUGAAAAUGGGAAGAUGGUUGGGGAGUCAUGGGAGAUCUGUAGGUUGCAGAUGUGUACAGUGCUAAUGGGAAGUAUCUGCUUAAAUAAAAACAGAAGUGAUGAUUAAAACUGGAAAUCU